CACCUCUCGCGCGUGAACUUACAUGCAGGCGCAGCCACGGCUACACGACAGGUGUGCGGCUGCGCAGCUUACCUACCGCCUACUUGACACACAGCAGCACAGCACAGCAUGCCAUAUGCCUGGCAUGAUCCGCACCUUCAUGGCCCACGGACGUGUCGCGGCGGAGGCAGGCUGCGGCCUUGCUGAGCAGGAUGCGCGCGCCGGCCCGCUCAAUCGCGCACCUGUCGCCAAUGGGCGUGCCGUGAGUCAUUACCUAGCAGCAGCACUGCGCGCAGCCUGAGAGUCAGAAGCCGCGCUGCCAUUGUUUGGUUUGUGCAUGCGCAGCUGCGCGUGUGGGAAGCGCCGGUAUGAGUAUGUGCAGCAAUCUUGCGUACAAAGCAGUGGCCUUGCUAUUCUUUGUAUUCACAGCAUGCGCGCUCGAUGCCGACAAUGGCGCGGGUCCAAUCCGCGGGUCCAACUCGGGCAAUCAUCGUGUAUGCACGCCAUACACGCUAAGCUCUAGCUGUACCACGCCGCAAUACCCACAAGGCAAGGCCUCAGCGGUGUUUGCACGCUAGGCGCGCGCGAUGGCUUAUGCACCCCCAAGUAAGACUCCCGUGGGGGAACUGAAUGGCGCGGAGGGCCACAAGCUUCGGCGCGGGCGACAGACUGUCUAUGCUCGCCCAGUUGCUGUAGCAAACAGCACGCACGCUGUACCGUGUCCGCAGCGCCGCAAGUGUGGCUGGGCCUGGGCGAGGCAGCACGGCCCCGGGGAGCUUCGUGCCACUUGCCUCAUAUCGAGGCCGUGUCAGGACGCCGCGAGCACGGCUCACACGGACUUGGUGUGAUACAUCGCUUGUUUUUGAAAUAGCUAAUGAUGCUUAGCAGGCCACUAAAAUGCGUCCAGCGACAGUCAAGCAACCACCAUGGCGGUUGGAUGCAAAGACGCGCAGCCAAACAGGCCCCAGGAGUUUACAGGAAAACUCUGUAAACAGAAGGAUGA